CGAACCGCGGCGGGUCCGCCGCGCCCGCCCGCCCGCCAUGUCGGCUCCCGGGACCCUCAGCAAUUACUACGUGGACUCCUUCCUGGUGCCGGAGGGGGACGAGCUGGCGGCGCCCCGCUACGCCCCCGCCCCGCUGGGGCCGCCGCCGCGGCCGGCGGCGCUGGCCGAGCACCCCGAGCUGGCCCCCUGCAGCUUCCAGCCCAAGGCGCCCGUCUUCGGCCCCCCCUGGAGCCCCGCGCACCCCGCCGGCGCCCCCGCCGUCUACCACCCCUACGCGCACCACCAGGCGCCCGUGGCACCGCCCGACGGCAGGUACAUGCGUUCGUGGCUUGAGCCUGUGCCGGGCUCCUUGUCUUUCCCCGGGUUACCUACCAGCAGGCAUUACGGCAUUAAACCUGAACCGUUGGCGGCCAGGAGGGCUGACUGUACCACGUUUGACACUCACACUUUGUCUCUCUCUGAUUAUGCUUGUGGUUCUCCUCCAGUUGAUAGGGAUAAGCAAAGCCACGAAGUCGCAUUCUCUGAAAGCAAUGGAGAAAGUGAGGCAAACGGAGAGAAACCGCAGAUCGAUCCAAAUAAUCCAGCUGCAAACUGGCUCCACGCAAGGUCCACCAGGAAAAAGCGAUGUCCUUACACCAAGCAUCAGACGCUGGAAUUGGAGAAGGAGUUUCUAUUCAAUAUGUAUCUCACUAGGGACCGUAGAUAUGAGGUGGCCAGACUCCUCAAUUUAACUGAGAGACAAGUGAAAAUCUGGUUUCAGAACAGGAGGAUGAAAAUGAAGAAAAUCAACAAAGAUCGAGCGAAGGACGAAUGAUGGAACCACACGAGUUAAACUGAAAAUGCAUAAAGUAAAAGAAAAAAAAAAAGAAAAAGUUAAAAACAAAACAAAA